UUUGAGUAGUAUAAGUAUCAUAACCUCGAGGCCUACGAGUUGAAGUAGUCGCCAACAAUAAUCCUCCGACUUCAACAUCGAGUAUCUGUGAUCCGACAACUCAUUCUCCCAGCCAACAACAUGACACACUUUCAGAUCAAAGUAGUCUCCGACAUCAUCUGCCCUUGGUGCUACGUCGGCAAAGCUCGUCUCGAGCGCGCCAUCAAGCUCUACAAGGACGUCAUCCCAGGCGGCGCAAACGACACCUUCACCGUGACCUGGCACCCCUUCUACCUCGACCCUUCGCUGCCCAAAACAGGCGGUAUCGACCCCAAGGCAUAUCUCGGCAAGAAGCUGGGCAGCCCCGAACGCCUCGCCAUGGUCCACGCGCGCCUCAAGGCCAUUGGCGAAGGCGAAGGCAUCAACUUUUCGUUGAACGGCAGGAUCGGCAACACCCGCAAUGCGCAUCGGUUGAUUCAGUUGUCGAAAACCAAGUCCAACGAGGUUGAGAAUAAGACGGCUGCGGCCCUGUUUCAGUUGCAUCAUGAAGAAGAUGGCGAUGUGUCGUCGAAUGACAUGCUGAUUGCUGCUGGCAAGCGCGCGGGUUUGGAUGGAGCGGAAGUCGAGAGCUGGCUGGCCAGUGAUAGAGGUGGCGAGGAGGUUGAUCGCGAGGUUGCAGAGGCGCAAAGGAAGGGAAUCCAUGGAGUUCCCAACUUUACCAUCAACGGACAGUCAGAACUCAGCGGGGCGCAGGAUCCCGAGACAUUUGUUCAAGAGUUCCUGCGUGUCAAGGCCGCUACUUCGGAUGUUAGCGAAAGACCGUCCGAUGGGCCGACUUGUUGA